AUCGCGGUUAAAUAGAAGAUGACAAUCCCCUCCCGAACGAACAUCACGUAAUCUCGCGAGAGCGAGAGAGAGGAAGAGAAAGAGAUAAGAAGAAUUGCGACACAAGGCCACGAGAAGACGAGCCGGUGCGGAAGUGUGCGUUGACAGGUGGCGGGAGACGAAAGAAGGAGGAGGACGAGGACGGAGGAUGUAGACGGGAUUUCGCGCGAUAUAGACAUCGCGGAUCGUGGGGCGAGUAGAGCGACGGAGACGGCGGUGGUAGUUGUGCGCGUGAAACACACGGUCGAGCUUUAAGGAGGGAGAAGGCAAAUCGACUACGUUCGCCCGGUGGGCGAGCGAGCAGCAGCACAGACGAGAAACUCGUCGGCGGCAGCGGAGCGUCGGUGUUAAAAGGCGUGGGGACCGUCCAUCGCUCGAGCGUGACCGCGUGUUCGAGUUUAGUUAGCAACGGCAGCAGUUUCUCGAGUUUCUCCCAGUUUUUCUUCUCCAUCUUUUUUUAUCACGCUUCGCCUCCCUCUUUCGUACAUCUCCACCGCCGGGCGACGAAGAAGAGGAGGAAGAAGACGCUGCCGCCGCCGCCGCCGCCGCCGCCGUUGCUCAACAGUGACAAGAAAACUUGCGAUCAAGGCGGGACGAGCUUACUCGAGCUUACCGAGCCACGACGGUGCGAAGUGACGAUAUACACGCCUCUCGCGUUAUUCGCUCGAUCGUAGCGUACUUCAUCACGCGAGACGCAACCGCGCGGGAAGGAAGGAAGGAAACCGAUCAUCGACCGCCGAAGGGAAGUAACGACGAUCACGGAAGAACAAGAAGAGCUACCGAGGUUGUUGCCUCCGCGCUUGCCGUUCUCGAGCGCGAAAGGUGGUGCGUCGCGUGCCGCGCGUUUAUGUGCGCGGUCAGGUGACAGGAGGAGGGACGACGAUAAUCGUGUGGUAUUGCUGUUGUCGUUGUUGCUGCUGGGAGAUUACAUAGUCGCCGACGAUCUGCUGCCGGCUGUCUGGUGCUCGAAAACGAAGGGUCGAACGGAAGUGGGCAGGGACGUGGGAGAACGUCGCGAGAGGGUGAGGAAGAGGACAACGAAAAAUAACAGAUUUUCUCCAAGAUGACGAGCGCAGUAACAAAUUUGGUGCAUAGUUAUAGGGACCUCAUGGACAAUCAGUCCGAUCCCAGGGUAAGCGAUUGGGCAAUGAUGAGCAGCCCCUUCCCAACCCUGGCGAUAUGCCUGUCGUACGCUUACUUUAGCAAAGUUCUGGGACCGAAAUUGAUGGAAAACAGAAAGCCUUUCGAUCUUCGCGGAAUCCUCAUAAUGUAUAAUCUCAUACAAACUAUCUUCUCCGCUUGGAUAUUCUACGAGUAUUUGAUGAGCGGUUGGGCGAAAGGCUACAGUAUCCGAUGCCAACCGGUGAACUAUUCGUCCAGUCCGAUAGCCCUUAGAAUGGCGAGAACCUGCUGGUGGUAUUACUUUAGCAAAUUCACCGAGUUCUUCGAUACGCUAUUCUUUAUUCUGAGGAAAAAGAAUCAACACGUUUCAACGCUUCACGUAAUUCAUCAUGGGAUAAUGCCCUUCUCCGUAUGGAUGGGGGUGAAAUUCGCACCGGGCGGUCAUAGCACUUUCUUCGCCCUCCUAAACACUUUUGUACACAUCGUGAUGUACUUCUAUUACAUGGUAGCUGCAAUGGGACCACAGUUCCAGAAGUACAUUUGGUGGAAAAAGUACCUCACUAGCAUGCAAAUGGUUCAAUUCGUGUUGAUCAUGUUCCAUCAGUUCCAAUUGCUCUUCACCGAGUGCGAUUAUCCGCGAAGUUUCACGAUCUGGAUCGGUCUGCACGGUGUUCUAUUCCUCGGACUGUUCUCGGACUUUUACAAAACGAAAUAUGUGGGCGCCAUGAGUAAAAGCUCCGCAAGAAGAAUGUAUAAUAGUACGUCUGGUGGAGGUUGUAUGCCGGUUCUGGACGAGAACGGCAGCGCGACGCACAACGGCGUGUCUUCGUAUGCCACGAUCUACAACAAGGAAUACAACAGCUGUUAUAGCAAUGGAACGAACAAUGGUUAUGUCGCCAACAAUAACAUCACAGAUAAAAAGCUCGCUUAGGACACGUUGCGGCCUCAUUGGAAGCUCGAACAUUUUAGUCGGUGUGCCAGUCAUCUGCUCGUCUCAUCGUACCAUUUGUCUAUCAUGAAAAAUUAUCUCGCAACAUGUCUACGAAUCUACACGUAAAACUGCGGAACCAAAUUAUGCUCAUAUGUAAAGAGGACGAAGAGACGAUGAGAUUUCCGGACAAAAGAGCAGACGUGUAUAAAGCAAGAUAUCUUGUUAAAUAUUCUGCGUUGUUAGCAGAGCAGAAGUUGUGUUCACUAACAUAGUGUCAUCGACAAGACGGCUGUUACGACGUCCGUAUUUAAAAAAAAUAGAAAAAAACGCGAUUAAACUGAUCACUAGGAAAAGAUGCGCAAUUUUUAUUUUCGAGUAAAUUACGUAAAACGUGGGUGACCUCUAAAUUAGAAUCUUGCAAUUAUCUUUAAAUUAAAGCUUUGUAAUUAUCUUUUUUAUAUUAUUAAUGAUUUUCAUUAUCAUUAUUGUUAAUGUCAUUGCAGAUUGUAAUAUCUGCGAUGACAUCAUCGAAAAUCAUUAACAAUAUAUAAAGAUAAUUAGCGAAGAGAAGAAAUUACUUUAUGAUUUCCAUAUUUGGCGUUACAAAAUUAUGCUGCAAUUUUUAAAUUACAGAUAGCUUAACUAAACUAAUUAAAGAAAGAUCAUAUUUGCUACAAUAUAAAAAUAAUGCGAGAGCAAGCCGGAUAAAGCACACACAUACGACGAAGAAUGCAGAGCAUUCAUCAUCGAUAAUUGAAUUAUCGAUGAGGACGUGUUCGCUACGCAUGCAUUUUUUGCUGGUUGUAUACAUGUCGAAUACAAAUAUGAAUGUUGUUUAGUUGUACGUAAUUUUUCAGAUCAGUUUCCAUUGAGACAUACUGCUGGAACUAAAUUCUUUCGCCUUACCGUUAUCAUCGACUCUAUUUUGUUACUUCUCUUCCCCCCUCUCCCUCUCUCUUUCUAUAGUCUUGAUUGUGUUCAAAACUUUUUAAUAUUCUUAAAAAUUUAUAAGAUUAAAUUAUAUACAGAUCAAUUCGUCCAAAAUAUUGUACGUCAGAAUUGGCUAUAUUAUUAUGUUGGCAAUCGUUAAUAAUUUGUAAAGUUUUUUUUUUCUCUUUUAGAAAUUUAUUAAUUUUGAAAAAUUGAGACCUGUUUUUUUCUGAUAAUAAUUCAAGUUUCUCAGAAUAAUUAUAUAUCUUGCCAUGUUUUUCGAACAUGGUAGACGACUUGUGAUCGUAAAUUUGCUUCAUGUUUGCCUUAGACUUUUCAUUCGAGAUUUCUAGCUAUUUGUUAAAAAAGUAUUAUUUAUAUUUAUAUCUUAUGUAACACGAAAUUUUAAUGUAAUAAUUUAUUCAAAAUGACAAUUUUAUAUGUACGUGAGCAAUUCAUAUUUUUUAUUGAUAAUUGUUUCACAAUAAAGCUUUAUGGAAACGUUAUACAUUAUUAGCGACAUGUGCCAACUUUAUCAACUAAGCAUAUAUAACUUUCUGUGUAUUAUUAAUUCAUUAUGUAGCUUGAUUCUACCAUUGAUGGUGCGAUAGUAUUUACGAUAUAAGUUGCCGAAAAAGAUUUAUUCGUCGCUUUGAUCUUCAAUACGAGUGGCUUUAAUAAACCGCACUGCGGCUCUGUAUCAUUGUGCACAACAGAACACGAACGCUUUAAUCGAUCGAAAAAAGUAUACGAUAUUUCAAGUCGCGAAAGUCACGAAGCUCUAUUGUCGUAGAAUCAAGCUUUAAGGGAGCACGCACUGAGUAAUGAGCCUUUCUUACACGCAAUCCGUAAAUUUGAUCACAACGGACGGUCACAGAACAAGUCAUACGAACGCGGAUGUGUUUCAAAAUGUAUACACAUACGCAAAUAAUAAUAUAUUCGAGGGACAGGGCAAAUGUUUAGAGAUCAUAAUAUUUGCACUAUAAGAUUAAUAUAUUUGUACACUUCCUAUUUUUAUGAAUAUAUUAUUUAUGAUCUAAACACAUAUAAUAAAAAUCUUUAAUGAUAAAACGUUUCUCUCGAUUGUAAUAAACUCAACCGGCUAUUUUUACAGGCGGAUAAAAUAGCUCUAUCGAACGAGAGUGAGAUCUAAACGUAGAAUAGUCUUACAUCGUGUCGUCAUAAUGAGCUCCUUUAUGAAAGUAUACGUACAAUUGAGAUGAGGAUUAGCGAUGGUUAGCGGGACAAAUCGGAAACGAGUAUCGUCGAAAAGCGUUCGUGCAUUUUUCAUUUAUGCAGAUAACGAGUUCCAUGUUUGUGAAGCAGCCUCUUUCUCUUAAAUGCAAUGUUCUUCAAUUAUAGUCGCGCGCGAGAGCACAUUCUCGAAAUAUUUGUUCAAGUAUAUGUAUCUUGUAUGUAUAUUUUUGUCGCACUUUCACAACGCCAGUAUGUGUGUGCAAGAUUUCGACAUUGUAAUAUCGUAAUGCACUAUUGUAUAAAAGAUAUAUUUUGCACACACACACACAUAAUAGCUAAUUUCUUAAAUAUUUUUUUAUUUAUACCAAGAAAGCAAAUUAAUAAUUAAAAAUCUAUUCUUUCCUAAUAAAAUAGAAAAAUGAUAUUUAAUAUAAUAAUUAACUAUUUCCAAGAAUAUCUAAAGUUACUAUCCGAUCUUUCGUUUCUUUUGAAAAUGAUUGUUUUGAAUAUUUCCUCUAAAAUUGUUAAAGAUUACAAUUAAGUUUUAUCUUUUGUUAUCGAAUUCUUAUCUCUCUCUUCUAUAUUAUUUACUAAUUUUUAUGAAAUAUUUGAACCUUCUACAAUUUAUUUAUGUAUAAUAUGACAUAAACUAUCAGAAAAUUGCAGAAAAUGAUGUGUAUAAUGACGCUUGAUUGUAGGCUUGCAUAGUUCACUUGUGUAAAUCCGGGUAUAAUUGCAAAAAUAUGUUGAAAUUAUAUUGGAUGUAUAUUUCCAUAGGUCGCGUUAUAUGUAUACUAGGGUUAAUUUUUUAUGCACGAACACAAUAACUUUGAUUUCCGAUCUAUUGCAAUACAUUCUCGGGAAUUGAUAUUACAGUUGACAUUACAGAUUUUGCAUCGUACAAAUUUGAUUAUUUAUUAUAUGUAUAACGAACAUGUACUUAGCUUUGUUGCCCCGGCUUAGCAUAAGCAUAAGCAUAAGAGAAUAACUAUUAUAAUGAAGAGCAAAUGGCAAAACGCAUACACAUAAUCUAAAAAACUGCCAUAAUUGAAUGACAGAGUGUGAACAAAAUUUCAUAUGAAUGGGAGAAAGGCGAGAAUUAAAAGCGGAACAUAAAUUAAGAGAAAUAUUCAGUCAGCUCUUGAGUGUUCAAGAAGAUAGAUUUUGUGCGUGGGUAUCUUACACACAAUACUGCGAUAUAUAUAUAUAUAAAAGUUGAACUAAUUAAUAGUUAGAUCUAUUGUUAUGCAUUAUCACAGUCUUAUUUAAUUUGUGAUACAAUGGUAUUAUGAACACAACAUAAUAUAUAUAAUGUGCUAAUUAGCACAUUUAAGAAAAAGACAUUUUGGCGAGAUAGCAUCACACAACAAAGCAGCUUUUGUCAGCGAGUCGUAAAUUAUGACUUUUUAUGAAUAUCACGAUCCAUAGCCAUUUUUUAGCCGUUUUUAAAGAAUACUAAAUCUGCAACUGUCAUGCAUAUGUCAAUGAAAUACCUUAUAUUGAUUGACGAAACGUGGAAUGUGAACAAUCAAAAGAUCGCGUUAAAUCUUUGUUCCUCACCAGGUAACUAAAUGAAUGGAAAAACUUCGCUGAUAAGACAAGAAGAAGCUUCCGAUCUUUUUGUACUAAUAUGAACGCGAUAUUUUUUCUACGAAGAUAUCGUUGCUAUUGCAUUUUUUAUUUUAUUGUAUUUUAUCAAUUUAAGCAAGCGAACAAAGAUUCUUUUUUAUGCAUCGAACGCACAAUACUUUUAUACGAGAAACUACGUCAAUUCUAAUGUCUACGGUUUUGCAAGACAAUUUUAAUCCUUUAUAAACCUAUGUAAUUUUUUCUAUAGAAAAAGUGGCUGUCUUUAUUGACGAUGAAUUAGCGCAGUAGAUUAAUACAUACAGCGCAAAGAUUAAUACAUUGACUUUCUUAUAUUUCCAAUAAUACUUUAAUAUGUGUAUCGUGUUUUUUAACUUUUAUUUUUUUUAAUUCAAAAUUCAUAUUCUUUUAAAAAAUUAAAACUUAAAUUUUUCGUAAAUUAAAAAUUAACGAAAGAAACGUGCUAAAAAACAUUGCAAAGAUAUCUUCUGGACAUUUUUGUGUCAUAUAAUAGAUUUUGCGCCAAUUGCAAACAGCCAUAUAAAAUUGCAUGACACAGUGCUAAAUAAUAAAACGAUACUUUACGUGUUCAUAGAAGGAUAAUCUGCGCAUAUUAUUAUUGUGUAAUGUACCAUGUCAUAUGUCACAAUUUCAUAUUCACUGGGCGCACUUCAAAGAUUUAAAGAAAGCGCGAAAGGCUGCGGUCGCAGUGAAAAAGCGUAUCGCGUCAUGUACCUAACGUUACGAACUCUGUAAUGAUUCUCAUUAUAUUUUUGUACAUAAUUGGGAAGAAUUUUACGAGAGAAUAAAGCGAUUAAAU